GGCUUUGCUUGCAUUAUUGGGCCCCCAUCCGAGUCAAUGCAACGCUUGCAGAGGAAACGGUCGGGUCUAUCGUGGCACAAUCACAACCCUCCAAGGCUGAAAUAUAUAAAUUUAGCAGACAACGGCAGGGUGAUCUCUCCCGCCCUCUCCCAUCUCUAUUUCCUGCCAUUUUUCCUUUCCUUUUUCCCAUUGCAACGAGAAAUAACCUUCGUUUCUUUCAAGAUUACGUCUGAUUCUUUGGCGAUCAGGCCAACAGAUUGGCAUUUGAUUACGAAACCUAUUUUUCUUCUUUUUGAUCGGAAAGUGACGUAAUAGAUCAUCGUCGAUUUGAAGCAGAGCAGAAGAGAUGAGUUUCAGAGACGAGAAUGACGAAGCGAGGGAUCUCAGGAAGCCGUUCCUGCACACCGGAAGUUGGUACCGUAUGGGAUCCAGGCAAUCGAGUAUGAUGGGAUCCUCCCAGGCCAUUCGUGAUAACUCUGUUUCAGUUCUUGCCUGCGUUUUGAUCGUCGCGCUCGGUCCAAUCCAGUUUGGUUUUACCUGUGGCUAUUCAUCUCCCACGCAAUCUUCGAUAAUGAAGGAUCUUCAACUCACAGUCUCCGAGUACUCUAUAUUCGGUUCUUUAUCCAAUGUGGGCGCCAUGUUUGGGGCUAUAUCCAGUGGUCAGAUAGCCGAAUACAUCGGGCGAAAAGGAUCUUUGAUGAUUGCUGCAAUUCCUAACAUUAUAGGAUGGCUUGCUAUAUCAUUUGCAAAGGAUUCUUCUUUCCUUUACAUGGGGAGGUUGCUGGAAGGCUUUGGCGUGGGAAUAAUCUCGUACACGGUUCCUGUUUAUAUUGCUGAGAUAGCUCCCCAGAACUUGAGAGGCGGCCUUGGCUCGGUUAACCAGCUCUCUAUCACCCUUGGAAUAAUGCUUGCUUAUCUGCUUGGUCUUUUUGUGCCGUGGCGACUGCUUGCGAUUCUGGGAAUUUUGCCUUGUACGAUUCUGAUUCCUGGAUUGUUCUUCAUCCCAGAAUCUCCUCGGUGGCUGGCGAAAAUGGGAAUGGCGGACGAGUUUGAAACAUCCUUGCAAGUUCUUCGGGGAUUUGAUGCUGAUAUCUCGAUUGAAGUGAAUGAAAUCAAGAGAUCUGUAGCAACUACGGGCAAAAGAACAACAAUUCGUUUUGCAGAACUUAAGCGGAGAAGAUACUGGCUUCCUUUGAUGAUUGGUAUUGGAUUACUAAUGUUGCAGCAACUUACUGGAAUUAAUGCGGUUUUGUUCUAUUCAAGUACCAUAUUUGCAGCUGCUGGUGUUAAAUCAAGUAAUGCUGCUACAUUUGGGCUGGGUGCAGUCCAGGUUAUUGCCACUGCAGUGACCACAUGGUUGGUUGACAGAGCAGGCCGUCGAAUUCUCCUUAUUGUGUCCACAGCUGGAAUGACGUUCAGCCUUUUAAUUGUUUCCUCUGUAUUCUUUUUGAAGGGUCAUACCCCGGACACUUCCAAUUUAUUUGGUAUUCUGAGUACGUUAUCAGUCGUUGGUGUUGUGGCCCUGGUGGUUUUCUUCUCUCUGGGUCUUGGAGCUAUUCCAUGGAUUAUAAUGUCUGAGAUUCUUCCCAUCAAUAUUAAGGGUCUCGCAGGAAGCCUGGCAACGUUAGCCAACUGGUUCAUUGCUUCGUUAGUCACGAUGACUGCAAACUUGCUCUUUGAAUGGAGCAAUGGAGGAACGUUCGCCAUCUACAUGUCUGUAAGUGCAUUCACAAUGGCAUUUAUUAUACUCUGGGUCCCCGAGACGAAAGGAAGAACACUGGAAGAAAUUCAGUUCUCCUUCAGAUAAGAAGGUUGUUUUUGUUAGUUUCCUUCAGAUAAGAAGGUUGUUUUUGUUAGUUUCCUUCAGAUAAGAAGGUUGUUUUUGUUAGUUUCUCUUUGAUACCCCGCCUGUGUUGGAAAGAACCCAUCCUCCUACACUGCACUGCAAAAUAGUAAAUAUGCAUAUUGUCCCUCAAUAUAUAAAAAUACCAGUGUCUUAAAGCUCUGAAA